AUGGAUACUGAAGGUGCUUCUCUAAGUGAGCAAUUGCUGGAUGCAGCUAGAAGAAAUAACUUGGAUCUAUUGGAAACUGUAUUCAAUAGCUUAGAUAACAAUCCGGAAAAGAUCGCAAAGCUCAUCAACGAAUCUAGAGAACCAUUGGGGAAUACAGCGUUACACUUGUGUUGUAAAUAUGGGUCCUGGGAAGUUCUUGACAAGGUUCUCGAUCAAGAAGGUGAAAUAGAAAUAGACCCUCAAAACGAUGUUGAUGGCGACACUCCACUACACGUCACAGUUAGAUAUAGUCAAGAGGAACCCGAACAUGGGACUUUUAUUGCUAGAAACUUAAUUGAAGUGGGAGCAGACCCUCGGGUGAGAAAUUAUAAUAACCAAAAGCCAAUUGACUUGGUUCAUGGCGAUGAAUUAGAUGAAUUAAUCGACCUUUUGCAAGGUGCCGAAUUAGCUAUUGAUAAUACCAAUGGUUUAGCUGAUAACAAUGAGGAUGAGGAAAUGAUAGAUGAUGGAUCAUCUGAUGAUGAUGAAGCUGACGAUAGAAAAUAA